AUGGCGGACUACGGCACGGACCAGCUCCUGCUCGACAUCGCGGACUACGUCGUCGGGUACGAGGUCUCCUCCCGCGCCGCGGUCAAGACGGCGCGAUACGCCAUCUUAGACGCGGUCGGAUGCGCGCUCUUGUCGCUCAACUACCCCGAGUGCGUCAAGCUCCUCGGCCCGAUCGUCCCGGGCGCCGCGGUCAAGCACGGCGCGCACGUCAUCGGGACGACGCACGACGUCGACCCGGUGACGGCCGCGCACGGGUGCGCGACGGCGACGCGAUGGCUGGACUACAACGACGCGUGGCUCGGCGCGGAGUGGGUGCACCCGUCGGACGUCGUGGGCGCGAUCUUGCCGCUCGCGGAGUACCUCUCGAGGGUGCGCAUGGAGAGAAACUUGCCGUCGCUGACGAUGAAGGACGUCGUCGUGAACGCGAUCAAGGCGUACGAGGUGGUUGGGAUCUUAGCGCUGGAGAACUCGCUGAAUCAGAUCGGAGUGGAUCACAUCAUGAUGACCCGCGUCGCCGUCGCGGCGGUGGCGACGGCGAUGCUCGGGGGCGGACGAAGGGAGGUGGCGAACGCGGUCUCGAACGCGUUCGCGGACGGCGCGGGGCUGCGGUGUUUCCGGCAUUAUCCGAACAACGGCACGAGGAAAGGCUGGGCUGCGGGCGACGCCGCGUCCAGGGGCGUCUGGCUCGCGAUGAUGACGAUGCGAGGCGAGAUGGGGUACGACCUCGUCCUCUCCGCCCCCGUCUGGGGCUUCAACGACGUCUACUUUCGCCGGCAAGACCUGCAAGUCAAGCGCGACUUCGGAGAACACGUUAUGGAGAACGUGUUGUUCAAGGUGGCGUACCCCGCGGAGUUCCACGCGCAGACCGCGAUCGAGGCCGCGAUGCGGCUGCACCCGCAGGUGGUAUAUCGCGUGGACGAGGUGCACCAGAUCGCGAUUCAAACGACGCGAAGCGCGGUGCGGUGCGUGGACAAGACGGGGCCGCUAAAAAACGCAGCGGACAGAGAUCACUGCGUGCAGUACGCCGUCGCCGUCGCGCUUCUGUACGGGACGCUCACCGCGGAGCACUACGAGGACUCCAUCAGUCAAGACCCGCGCAUAGACGAGCUUCGAAGGAAGACGGUCGUGACGGAGAACCCGCAGUACAGCGCGGACUACGCGGACCCGGACCGAAGGAGCGUGGCGAACGCGGUGCAGGUGCACUUCAGCGACCGGACGUCCACGAGCAAGGUCGAGGCGGAGUACCCGCUCGGGCACAAGCGACGACGCGCGGAGUGUUUCCCCGCGCUGGAGAAGAAGUUCAUGGCCGCGCUCUCGACGCGGAUGCCGCCGACGCGCGCCGGGUUCGUGUUCGAGCGGACGCGGGACCCGCAGCGGUUCGACGCGACGGCGGUGCCGGAUUUCGUCGAGCUGUUUCACCCGUCGCCGUCGCCGUUUCUUCUGCCGCCGAUACGAGGCGGGUUGGAUUACGUCGUACCCGCGGGGGAGGGUGCUCUCGCGCUGCCGCCGGGCGGCGCGGGGGGCGGGGGGAAGAAAGGAGGCGGCGGGGGGGCGGGGGGGAAUUUCGGCGGCGGCGACGCGUUCGAGUACGCGAGCACAGACCGCGGGGACGACACCGAUCGAACGGGAGCGCCGGCGAUCGGGUAUUAG